AUGGCAAAGGAGUCUACUGAAUUGAUUAUUCCCAACGAAAUUCAAUCUACCUACGAACAAGGUGUAAAAUUUCAGCAAAGUGAAAAUGAUGCACAAGCGCUAUUCUAUUACAAGAAAGCUCUUACUACAAUCCAAUCGAUGUCUAAAACUAGUAACAAUAAAUAUCAUCAACUUGAACACGAUAUUUAUAUCGAUAUGACUGAUUGUUACAUAAAUCAAUACGAAUUAGUAGAAGCGGCUAAAUGUAAUGACAACGCAGAGAAAGUUGCCAAGAUACUACAAGAUAAAGUCAAAGCUUCAAACUGUUUAGAUAGGCGGGGAUCUAUUAAACGAUUGCAAGGUGAUUUGAGUGGAGCCUUAAAUGAUUUUUACAAAUCACUCAAAAUGAAGUUAAAAUGGUUAAGAAGCGAAGAAAUCUGUAUCAGUGACUUAUAUCAUAAAAUUGGAAACGUUUAUGAUGAUCAAGGCAAGUAUGAUGACGCUCUAUCGGUGUUUAACAAAUCACUCAAGACUCAACUAACACGACUUGAUGAAAAUCAUCCAAGUAUUGCUAUAACAUAUAGCAAUAUUGGACAAGUCUACAAGCAUCUAGACAAGUAUGAUGAAGCUCUGUCAAUGUUUAACAAAUCACUCAAGAUUACACUAACAAAACUUAGCAAUAAUCAUCCAAGUAUCGCUAAUACGUAUAAUAAAAUUGGACAAGUCUAUAAUCGUCAAGGCAAGUAUGAUGACGCUCUAUCAAUAUAUAACAAGUCACUUAAGAUUACACUAACACGACUUAGUGGCAAUCAUCUAAUUAUUGCUAAUACAUAUCGCGAUAUUGGACAAGUCUAUAAUAAUCAAGGCAAGUAUGAUGACGCUCUAUCAGUUUAUAACAAAUCGCUUAAGAUUACACUAACAAAACUUGGUGAUAAUCAUCCAAGUAUUGCUAACACAUAUGACAACAUUGGGCAAGUCUAUAAUAAUCAAGACAAGUAUGAUGACGCUCUAUCAGUAUAUUACAAAUCUCUCAAGAUUAAACUAACACGACUUGGCGACAAUCAUCCAAGUAUCGCUAUAACAUAUAACAACAUCGGAAAAGUCUAUAGUGAUCAAGGCAAGUAUGAUGAAGCUCUGUCAAUGUUGAACAAAUCUCUUAAGAUUAAGCUAACACAACUUGGCGGCAAUCAUCCAAAUAUCACUAAUACAUAUAACAACAUUGCAAGAGCUUAUAACCGUCAAGGCAAGCAUGAUGACGCUCUAUCAACAUAUAACAAAUCACUCAAGAUUCAACUAACACAACUUGGCGACAAUCAUCCAAGUACUGCUGUAAAAUAUACAGACAUUGGAGAGGUCUAUAAUAAUCAAGGCAAGCACGAUGACGGUCUAUCAAUAUCUAAAGAAUCACUUAAGAUUGAACUAGUACAACUAGGUGAAAAUCGUCUAAGUACUGCUAAUACAUAUAACAAUAUUGAGCAAGUCUAUAAUCAUCAAGGCAAUCAUAAUAACGCUCUAUCAAUGUUGAACACAUCACUUAAGAUUCAACUAACGAAACUUGAUGGCAAUCAUCCAAGUAUUGCCAACACUACUAACAACAUUACACUAGCCUAUAAUCGUCAAGGCAAGUUUGAUGAUGUUCUAUCAGUAUGUAACAAAUCACUCAACAUUACACUAAAACAACUAUAUGAUUACCAUCCAAGAAUUACUAACGCAUAUAGACAUGUUGGACAGCUUUAUGAUGAUCAAGGCAAGUACGAUGACGCUCUAUCGGUGUAUAAUAAAUCGCUUCAGAUUGACUUAAUAAAACUUGGCGAUAAUCAUCCAAGUAUUUCUAACAUAUAUGACAAAAUUGGGCAAGUUUAUUGUCAUCAAGGCAAGUAUGAUGACGCUCUAUCCAUGUUUAAUAAAUCACUCAAGACUCAACUAACACAACUUGAUGAAAAUCAUCCAAGUAUCGCUAUAACAUAUAGCAAUAUUGGACAAGUCUAUAAUGAUCAAGGCAAGUAUAAUAAAGCUCUAUCAAUGUUAAACAAAUCACUCAAGAUUACAAUAACAAAACUUAGCAAUAAUCAUCCAAGUAUCGCUAAUACAUAUAACAACAUUGGACAAGUCUAUAAUAAUCAAGGCAAGUAUGAUGACGCUCUAUCAAUACAUAACAAAUCACUUAAGAUUACACUAACACGACUUAGUGGCAAUCAUCCAAAUAUUGCUAAUACAUAUCGCGAUAUUGGACAAGUCUAUAAUAAUCAAGGCAAGUAUGAUGACGCUCUAUCAGUCUAUAACAAAUCGCUUAAGAUUACACUAACAAAACUUGGUGAUAAUCAUCCAAGUAUUGCUAACACAUAUGACAAUAUUGGGCAAGUCUAUAAUAAUCAAGACAAGUAUGAUGACGCUCUAUCUGUAUAUUACAAAUCACUCAAGAUUAAACUAACACGACUUGGCGACAAUCAUCCAAGUAUCGCUAUAACAUAUAACAACAUCGGAAAAGUCUAUAGUGAUCAAGGCAAGUAUGAUGAAGCUCUACCAAUGUUGAACAAAUCACUUAAGAUUAGACUAGUACAGCUUGGCGACAAUCAUCCAAGUAUUACUGAUACAUAUAACAACAUUGCAAGAGUUUAUAAAAGUCAAGGCAAAUAUGAUAACGCUCUAUCAGUACAUAACAAAUCACUCAAGAUUCAACUAACACAGCUUGGCGACAAUCAUCCAAGCACUGCAAUAACAUACAAUGGUAUUGGAAAUGUCUAUGUUAGCCUAAGCAAGCAGGAUGAUGCUUUAUCAGUGUAUAAAAAAUCACUUAAGAUUGAACUAGCACAACUUGGUGAAAAUCAUCCACAUAUUGCUGAUGCAUAUAACAAUAUUGGGCAAAUAAAUAUUUUUCAAGGCAAUUAUGAUAACGCUCUAUUAAUGCUGAACAAAUCACUCAAGAUUCAUCUAACACGAUAUGGCGACAAUCAUCUAGGUAUAACUAAUACAUAUCAGAACAUUGCAAGGGCCUAUACUCGUCAAGGCAAGUAUGACGACGCUCUGUCAAUAUGUAACAAAUCACUCAAAAUUGUACUAACAAAAUUUGGUGAUAAUUGUAAUCAUCCAAGAAUUGCUCUUAUAUAUAGACAUAUUGGGAAAGUCCAUACUGAUCAAGGCAAGUAUGAUGACGCUAUAUCAAUGUUUAGCAAAUCUAUUAAGAUUGACUUAGCAAAACUUGGUGAUAAUCAUCCAACCAUUGCUAAGACGUAUAGAGAACUUGGGAAUGUCUAUGUUAAACAAGGCAAGUAUGAUGACGCUCUGUCAGCACUUUACAAAUCACUCAAGAUUAAACUAUCACAAGUUGGUAAAACUUAUCUAGUUAAUUCUUUAACAUAUGAAAAAAUUGGACAAGUCUAUCAUUGUCAAGGCAAAUACGAUGAAGCUCUAUCAAUGUUAAACAAAUCACUUAAGGUUAAUCUAACACGGCUUGCAAACAAUCAUCCAAAUAUUGUUAAUUUACAUAACAAUAUUGCAAGAGUCUAUAAUCAUCAAGCCAAAUAUGAUGACGCUCUAUCAAUAUUUAACAAAUCGCUGAAGUUUACACUAACACGACUUGGCGAUAAUCAUCCAAAAAUUGCUGCUAUAUACAGAGACAUUGGACAAGUCUAUAAUGAUCAAGGCAAGUAUGAUGACGCUCUAUCAGUGUUUAACAAAUCGCUUAAGAUCGUCUUAACAAAAGUUAAUGAUAAUCAUCCAAGUGUUGCUAGUACAUAUGACAAUAUUGGGCAUGUCUAUAACAAACGAGGCAAGUAUGAUGACGCUCUAUCGGUGUUUAACAAAUCACUCAAGAUUAAACUAUCACGACUUGGCGACAAUCAUCCAAGAAUUGCUAUAUCAUAUAGCAAUAUUGGACAAGUCUAUAGUGAUCAAGGAAAGUUUGAUGAAGCUCUAUCAAUGUUUAACAAAUCACUCAAGAUUACAAUAAAACAACUUGGCGACAAUCAUCCAAGUAUUGCUAAUACAUAUAACAAAAUUGGACAAGUCUAUAAUCAUCAAGGUAAGUAUGAUGACGCUCUAUCAAUACAUAAUAAGUCACUUAAGAUUACACUAACACGACUUGGCGACAACCAUCCAAAUAUUGCUAAUACAUAUUGCGAUAUUGGACAAGUCUAUAAUAAUCAAGGCAAGUAUGAUGACGCUCUAUCAGUCUAUAACAAAUCGCUUAAGAUUACACUAACAAAACUUGGUGAUAAUCAUCCAAGUAUUGCUAACACAUAUGACAAUAUUGGGCAAGUCUAUAAUAAUCAAGACAAGUACGAUGACGCUCUAUCAGUUUAUUACAAAUCGCUCAAGAUUAAACUAACACGACUUGGUGACAAUCAUCCAAGUAUCGCUAUUACAUAUAACAACAUCGGAAAAGUCUAUAGUGAUCAAGGCAAGUUUGAUGAAGCUCUGUCAAUGUUGAACAAAUCACUUAAGAUUAGACUAGUACAGCUUGGCGACAAUCAUCCAAGUAUUUCUAUUACAUAUAGCGAUAUCGGAAAAGUCUAUAAUCGUCAAGGCAAGUAUGAUGACGCUCUAUCAAUGUUCAAAAAGUCAUUGCAAGUUUCUUUAGUAACACUAGGAGAGAAUCAUCCUCAAACUGCCAGAUUCUAUCGAAACCAAGCUGCAGUCUAUUGUAAACAGUCUAAUUAUCGUCAAGCAAUCUCAUUCUAUCGAAAGUCUAUUAAUUCUCUACGUAAUCUGUACGGAGAGAGUCAUCUUCUAAUUAUCGAGGAUAAAAAACAAAUUAAUCAAUGUUACGAUCUAUUGCAAGGAAAUGAGAAGGAAGUUGCUCCGUUACAAAUAGACAAUGUCGUUCAGCAGCUUUUAGCUCAAUAUACAGAUAAUCAAACAGUCAUCCACGACCGUUGCCUAUCAUCACCAGCAGAAGAAAAUCGACAUUCAAAUCAAUUUGGAAAACCAAAAGAUAAUAACAGACAACAAUGCCGUAUAAAAUUUAGCCAACAUGACGAUGAAAACGUAGAUAAAUCGAUUAACAAGAAUAUCAGUGAAGAAAAUUACAAAGAUUUAUCUGAUAUCAUUCGUUUUGGCAAACGUAAAGAAUCGAUUCAAUCACAAUCGAUGCGCGAUUACACGUCUCGUAAAAAGAAAAUAAUAGCAAGUGCAGAUGAUGAGUGA